AUGUUCGACACGCCCGCCCGUCCUCUUUCCCCCGCCGCCAACGCGCGCAUCCGCCAGUACACGGACGAGCUCAUCGCGCACACCAUGCGCCAGUGGGCCGUCGUCGAGGCGCAACUCGCGGCGCAGAACCGCCCUGGCAGCGCGUCGCCGCCGGGCUCUCCGCUCGCACGGUUCGGGGUUCUGGGGCAUCGCAAACACGCACUCAUACUCGUUUAUUUUCGUUUGGCACUCGUGUAUUACUCUUCCUCGGUCCAUACUCGCCUUUCUCUCUGUUUGGGUUCAAUUGCUCGGACGUCUGGAUCUGCCCUGUCUGCUACAUAG